AUGGACACCUUCCUAGUAUUUAUCAAUUUUGAUCGUUUUUUUUCCUUUUUUCUGUACGUCUUUAUCUUUCUUUCUUUCUUUAUUUUGUUAUUUAUUUGGCACCUUUACAUUUUUGUUUCUUCACUAUUCUUGUCUUUUACUCUUUCAGAUAAUUUUUCUUUCUUUUUUAUUCCUUCUUUCUUUUUAGAUGAUAUAUUUAUUUUUCAUUUGGAUUGCUUAUAUUUUUUUCUUCAUUUUCUACAUCAUCUUUUUGUAUUUUUCUUUCUACUUUCUUUUUUCAUUUUUUCUAAUCUAUAUUAUCCUGUUUUUACUUGUCUAGAUCUUUAUUCGGUCAUUUUAAUUAUUUUCUUUUGCUUUUCGAUCAUAUCUUCUUUAUUUUUCUUUCACUUUGUUAUACUUCUUUUUUUUUCUCGAUUUCUGCUUUUUAUCAUAUCACCUUUCUUUUUCUAUCGAUUUGCUUUCUUUUCCCCUUUCGUUCGUUUUUAUGUCAUCUAUAAUUCGUUUCUCUUCUUUUUUUUCUUUUUGGUUCAUUUUCUUCUGAAUAUCUGCUUAUUUUUUCUUCUUUUCCAGAUCGUAUACUAUUUUUACUUCCUUUUUCAUUUUAUUUAUAUUCUUCUCUUAGAUUAUAUAUUUUCUGUUUGCUUUGCUUUUUUCCCCUUUUUUUUCGUUUCUCUUUUCUUUAUUUUCUAUAUCAUUCAUUUCUUUCUUCUUUUUCCUUUCAAGAUUACUUAUUUCCUUCAUUGUUCUUGUAUUUGUAAUUUCUUUAAAUUUCUUUUCUUCUCCGCCACUUCCCCUUCUUUUUGCCUAGUGAUAACGCUUUUUCCAUUUUCUCUUUCCCACCUUCCUCUCUCUCCCCCUCUCUCUCUCUCUUAUUUCUAUUUUUAUUCAUCUUUUAUGUGUUUUUUCUCUCUUUCUUCUCUCCUCUCUUAUUGUUCCUUUUCGUUUUUCUCCUUCCUACCUUUGUCUCUUUCUUCGUCCUACUUUUAUUUACCUUUUCUGUUUUUUCUUUCCCUUCUGUCUCUCUUUUUUCAUACUUUUAUUCUUCUUUUCUGUUUUUCUCCUUCCUACUUUGAUCUCUUUCUUCUUCGCACUUGUAUUCUUCUUUUCCGUUUUUCUUCUUCUCAUCUUUUUUCUUGUUCAUUAUUUUAUUCGUCCCUUCUGUUCUUUUCCUACCUCACUUUCACUCCUUUUUCUUCUUCGUCUUCUUCUUUUCGAUUUCUCUCAUUAAAACCUUUUCCUUUUUUUUCUUCCUACAUUUUUUCUUCUUUUCUGUUUUUCUCCUCCCUAUCUUUCUAUCUGCCCAUUCCGUUUAUAUUUCUUUCUUUUUUUUUAUCUUUUCUCCCUGGCUUAGAUUUAAUUUUUAAGUUGUUUAUUCAUUCCCUUACCUUUCUUUCUUUCUUUCUUUCUUUUCCAUAUAUUUCCUAUAUUUUGUUUUUUACCCUUUUUUCUUGUUCCUGCCAAGUUAUUUUUCUUUUCCCCCAUCACUUUAUCCUAACUACUCUUUGUUCGUUAUUUUUCUUUCCUUUUCCAUUUCAAAUCUCACUUUUCUUUCUUUCUUUCUUUCUUUCUUUCUUUCUUUCUUUCUUUCUUUCUUUCUUUUUCACUCUUCAUCUCCAUAAAUUUUUUUCCUUUGUGUUUUUCUUCCUUUUCGUUACUUUCGUUAAUGAACGUUGUUUGUUAUAUUUCUUUCCUUUUCAUAUGUCCUUUGUCGUAUUUUCUUUCUUUCUUUCUUUCUUUCUUUCUUUCUUUCUUUCUUUCUUACUUUCUUUCUUCCUCACUCUUGAUCUCCUUAUAUUUCUUCCUGUAUUUAUUUGCCUUUCAUUAUUCGUCUGUUCCUUUCAAGUUGUGUUUUUCUUCCUUUUCGUCACUUCAUCGUUAAUGCACGUUGUACGUUAUAUUUCUUUCCUUUUCAUAUUUCCAUUGUCGUGUUUUCUUUCUUUCUUUCUUUUCUGUUUUGUUUUUAUAAAAAAAAAACAUCCCCAACGCCACUCUUCAUAUCUUCACCCAGCCGCAGAUUUGAUUACGCAAUCAACCCUUGUCACUCGUUGCAUGGAUAAUGUAAUUCUCUGCUGGAGCUACUUUUCAAAUUCAAUAGUAAAUUCGGCGAACUUGUCAAAUGUCAGACUGUUUGGCCAGACCCCGCGCACACCUUUCUUUAUCUACGCCAGCUGGAUUAAAGUCGACUACAUCGACAUGACGUUUACAGACAACUCACUAUACGUAUCUAUCUUUCUUUUCAGUCAAUUCAUAUCUAUCUAUCUAUCUAUCUACAUAUAUAUUAAAAUCAAUCAAUCACUCUAUCUAUCUUUCUUUUUAUUUGUUCAUAUCUAUCUAUCUAUCUAUCUAUCUAUCUAUCUAUCUAUCUAUCUAUAUAUCUAUCUAUCUUCAUAUAUCUCUCUAUCAAUCUAUCAUUCGACUCAUAAACCUCUAUAUAUCUCCUCCUUCUCACAUCUCUCUCUUUUCUCUCGCUCUUAA